GAUACAUUAAGAAUCUGCAAAAACUUGCAAUACCAUUUACCUUCAUCAUUCAAUCACAGACCCCACGGCUCACACAUGGACCGUCUCUAAUGAAUCAAAUAUGGUCUACGUGACAAUAAACACAGACACCAACAAUUCGCUUCCUCUUGGUGCGAAAGGUCGUCUGUGUGUGUUUGAUAUAGUCACUUACUUAAUACAAAGAGGCAAAGUACACAUCCAGAAGAGGCAGGGCUCUGGACAGGGACACCCUUUAAAAGCAGCCACUUACUCUUUUCAGGUUGUUCAAUCUAUCCCAGCAUGUCUUUCUCGGUCAUUCUGCUGUUGCUGUGCGUUUUCUUCAUCGUCUUACUUCUCAGGCCCAAGAGGCCCAAGAAUUUUCCACCAGGACCUGCUCCUCUGCCUAUACUGGGGAACAUUUUGCACCUGAGCCUUCAAAACCCUUUGAAGGACUUGGAGAGACUGAAGAAAUCAUAUGGAAAUGUCUACAGUCUGUUCCUCGGUCCUAAUCCGGUUGUCUUCAUCCACGGGGUGAAGGCCAUGAAGGAGGCUAUGGUGACCAGAGCUACUGAUUUUGCUGGACGACCUCAAGACCUGUUUCUGAUUGACCUCUCAAAGAGAAAAGGAGUAAUUUUGAUAGAUUAUGGCCCACACUGGAGGGAGCAUCGUCGCUUUGCUUUGAUGACAAUGAGAAACUUUGGCAUGGGGAAGAGAUCAAUGGAGGACAGAAUUCAUGAUGAGAUUCAAUACACCAUGACAACACUGGAAAAGAGCAUCGGCAAAACUCUGAGUCCUCAAGUGAUGUUUCAUCAUGCCGCCUCCAACAUCAUCAACCAGGUUCUUUAUGGUACACGCUUCGAAUAUGAUGAUACUUUUAUGACAGAAACUAUUCGGUGCUUCACUGAGAUUGCCAAAAUAACCAACGGACCAUGGGCGAUGCUGUAUGACACUUUCCCAUUCAUCCGUAACCUGCCACUGCCCUUCAGAAAGGCCUUUGAGAAUGUCGAGACUUUGACAAGCCUUCUAUUUGGCUUGUUGAAUGAGCACAAGAAGACCAGAGUCCCUGGAGAGCCACAAGACUUAAUUGAGAGUUAUCUGGAUGAAAUGGAUAAGAGACCAGAUGACCCUUCAUUUUCAGAGGACCAGCUCAACAGGUUUGCAGCAGAUCUUCACUUUGCUGGCACUGACACAACUUCCAACACCCUGCUGACUGGUUUUCUUUACCUCAUGAACUACCCACACAUACAAGAGCGAUGUCAGCAAGAGAUCGACAAGGUGUUGGAAGGGAAGGAUCGGGCCUGUUUUGACGACAGACAUAACAUGCCUUACGUGCAGGCUGUGAUCCACGAAGUGCAGAGGAUGUCCAACACUGUUCCACUCAGCGUCUUGCACUGCACAACGAAAGACACAGAGCUUGCGGGAUAUUCCAUUCCGAAGGGUACAACGAUCAUUCAGAACCUGACCUCAUUGCACAAUGAGGAGGGACAGUGGAAAUACCCUCAUGAAUUCAACCCUGGAAAUUUCCUCAAUGACCAGGGAGAGUUUGUUAAACCAGAGGCCUUCAUGCCUUUCUCUGCAGGUCCUCGGAUGUGCCUCGGAGAGGGCCUGGCUCGUAUGGAGCUCUUCCUCAUCAUGGUGACUCUGCUGAGGAAGUUUAAGUUCAUCUGGCCUGACAAUGCAGGAAAACCAGACUUCACUCCAGUCUAUGGCGUCACUUUGUCUCCCAGACCUUAUCGGAUGAAGGUCCAACUCAGGUCAUCGGCAUGAAGCGACCUUAAGACACACAGCAGAAAUAGUGCAGACUGAAAAACUGACUCUUAAUAGCCGUGAAUCCCCAAAUCAUUCAAUUAGAUUUGGACCUAUUAUCAGUCUCAUUAUUAAUCAUUAAGUACACUGUGCCAUACUGACACAAAAUGAGAUGAUCAUGACAAGAAAACGUUCCAUUUUUCAACAUAUAUGUGGUUCAACUGUUUCUGUCAAUGUGAACCAUACAAGCUUUGCUGGUUUACAUGAAUGAAUUGAGAAAACCAAAUAAACCUUUUUACUUUAA